AUGUCUCCAAUGCAGAAUGGUGUCAAGAACACCUCCAAGAAAAGUCAGACGUCGACACAGAAGAAGCAUGAUGACUCGGCUGAGACGCCGCUGCUUGCGCCGACAGAUGUACUUAAGCCCAAAUCCGUCAUCGUGGCUUAUAUUUAUUGGCUCCUUGGUGGAAUCUUUGGGGCUCACCAUCUCUACCUCCAUCGCGAUCGCCAUGCAUUCGUCUGGUGGUGCACUCUGGGCGGCUACUUUGGCGUCGGAUGGAUCUGUGAGGUGUUCAAGAUUCCUGAACUUGUCAGAGAUGCCAACGAUGACCCAGUGUUUGUGAAGCAAUUCAAUGAGAAAUUGAGGAAACACAAGAAACCACCUUUCAGCACAAGUCGCUUCAUGGGAGCCUUUACGACAGCUUACCUCUUUGCUCAGGUGGCCAAAAUAGCCAUUCCUGAGGAAGUUUUCGGCGGAAUUGACUUCAGCUUCCUCCACUGGACACUUCCUUUCUUCGCUGCGCUUGGAGUCUGGACUGUGGGCAAUAUUGGCAGAGAAAAGGGCCCCCUAAAGCAUUGCUUGCUAGCCGCAUAUGCCUCAUAUCCCAUCAGAUACUGGUUCUAUGAUGAAGAUAUCUGGAUGCUGAUCAUGAUUAUUGUCUCUGCAUCUGCCUUUGAAUACUGGUCCAAACAGUGGAGACUGGAGCGUCCGAGGCGUCGAGGAUUCUUCAAGCGAGCAUUCUGCAUUUGCAUGGCUGUCAGUGUGUAUUCCUCGCUCUGGAUGAGCUACCUCUACUUCAACGGAAAGAUCAAGGAUGAAGAUGGAGACGAAGUGCCAGUUCAUGAAGCCAUUAGGAACUUCCUUAUGUCUCCCUGGUGGACAGAUUUGAAGCAAACAAUACGCGAUACGUGGCAUUUUGCUCAGCACAAUGGCUGGAAGGAGACUUGGCGUCAGAUAGUGGAGCAAAUGGACAUGGAUGGGGAGCAGAAUGCAUACAAAGUCCUGGGAGUUAGUCCCACAGCUUCUCAGGCUGAAAUUAAAGCUGUGUACAAGAAGCUAUCGUUGGAAUACCACCCAGACAAGGCUAAAGAUGAGGAACAGAAGAAGAUCGUGCAGGAGAAAUUCAUGGAGAUUCAGCAAGCCUAUGAAAUCCUCAGCAAAAAGAAAAACAAGCGUCGACAGAAGAAUAAAAAGUUCAACGAAGAAUUGUAGAAGUUUAAAAAAAAACCAUUGCAUUUAAAAUAAUCUCGAAAGUCAAUGAAUUUUCUAUUAAAUCUAUUACAUUGAG